AUGGAUUCUUUAAGAAGCCAGGGUGGAAUUCAGAUGCUUUUAACUGCUGAACAAGAAGCAGGCCGGAUAGUUUCAGCUGCUAGAACCACAAAACUAGCAAGAAUGAAGCAAGCGAAAGUCGAAGCUGAGAAGGAGAUGGAAGAGUAUAGAUCCCGUUUAGAAGAAGAGUAUCAGACACAAGUCUCUGGGACAGAACAAGAAGCAGCUGUAAAACGUUUGGAAGAGGAGACAGACGGCAGGAUCCAGACACUUAAGGAGUCUAGUUCAAAGGUCUCUAAGGAGAUAGUCAAGAUGCUCAUCAAGUAUGUUACAACUACUGGAGCAUGA